AUGGCAUAUGCAUUGAAAAGGGGUCAGAAAAUAACAGGAAUAUCCAUUUCGAAACGAUUUGUUUCUUCCCCCGCUGUUAGCCUAAAUGACGAUAUCGUUAGUUCAUUUGAGUCUCACUCAACAGCCAAAACUAGCCGAAGUAUACCCAAUAACGCAUUAAAUACCUUGAGAAAUACACCAUCAAAGUUGUUUUUGGAGUCCUUAUCAGAAAGCUAUUUUGCUCCCACAUUUAAGUCGAAGACCAAAUUACCAAAAAAUGAAGUAAUUAAGAGGGAAUUAUGCAAAUUAGUUGAAUUAAGACAGUUUGAUACUUUGAUAGACUUAUUUUUGAAACUAACUUCUAGGGCUGAAAGCACACUGUGGAGUUCUAUAUUGACGAGCCUGGAACUCUCAUACUUUAUACGUGAUAUUAUCAAGCACCAAAUAAAAUUAAUUAAUCAAGCAGCAGAUCAUAAAAUUUCAUUGCGAUCGGACACUAAAAUUAAAGGUAAGCUUGCAGAGGCAAGAAGAUUUCGUGAUAAGAUAAGAAAACUCUAUGGGAACCUAAUAUACUCAGAUGGACAAUCUUCUAUAUACGCUGUGACUAUGAGAUCUGACUUAUACAAUUCCAAUGAUUUAACUGGAUAUAAAUUGUCGGUUACUGAUUACGAGAACUUAAUAAUGCUUGAAUUAUACAACAAAAAAAUUGAUUUGGCAUCGAAAUGGUUUCAGAGAUUUGAGCAGCAAUAUCCACAAGGCCAGCACUAUGAAUUAAUGACUUAUGACAUGUGGGUCCUCAAGUUUCAAGUAUAUUGUGGAGGCUCGCCAAUUUUAUGGAAAAUACCAGAAACAGAUUUGUAUGCAAAUUAUUAUAAUCCCCGUAAGAGUGCGUUUAAAGCAGAAACUUCAUGGUUGGAAGUAUUCACAGAGUAUUUAAAGAAUCAAGGAAAAAGUAGUAAUACAGCAGCAAUAAGCGACAAAUUAAAUGAAACGCUCAUUUAUUCGAUAGGAUAUGCAAGAAACCUUGAUUAUUUAACAAAAUACAUCGAAAGCGUUUGGGGUAUAACACCAGGUGGUAAUGUAUCCGAGAAUUUUGUUAUGUUAAAAAGUGAUGAUCCUAAAUUUCCAAGUUUGAAUACCUUGAAGGCAAUAGUUAUGUCAUUGUCCUACAAUGAAGAAUUUUUUCAGGCCAUGACCUACGUAAACGCAUUCCAAAAGAUUUAUGGAGAUUCUAUUGAUUUGUCCAGUGCAAAGGCUAAGAAUUUUUGGGAUAGCACAUUUAAAUGGUGUGACAUUUCAACCAAAUUCCAUGAAGAGAGGGCACUUUCCUAUUAUAUAAGGCAAACGACAGAUACCAGUACACGUAAGAAAAAAAAGCACAGUCUCAAGGAAGCUCAAGAGAAUGCUGACUUUGAUUAUGAAGGAUUCUUAUUGUUCAUUAAUGAGCUUAAGUCCAAGAGAUCGACGACUAUGAACAAGUUAUGGGACCUCCACAAAGAUACAAAUACUUUCUUCUCUCCAAAGUCAUAUAAAGUCUACUUGAAUUAUUUGCUUGAGGAUCAAACUGAAGAGAACUUUUAUGAUUUUAUGAGCUUGUUGGCCAAGCAAUAUCACUAUUAUCAUGUUUCGAAGGAUUCCUUCAACAAGAUGCAUUUGACAACUAACAGACUUAACGAUACCGACGAAAGUGUUUAUUCAUUAUAUAAUACGGCAUUGCGUGAAUUAAUUAAUGUCAAAUGGAAAAUGGGUUAUGCUGGCCAAUGCCAGCCAUUAAUCGAUGAAUGGGCAUUGGAUCAACAGAUGCACAAUAAUACGUCUCAGUGGUUUAAACAUACUAUAAUGCCACAAUAUAGGGAUAUGAUGGAAAAGAAAAGGGAAGAGGUUAUGAUUAAACAAAAGACUGAGGAUGAUGAAACGCUUUUAGACUUAUUUUAA